AUGAAGUACACUGUCGUUGCCGCCCUCUUCGCCGCCCUGGCCGCCGCCCAGUCCGCUGACGACAUCCCCUCGUGCGCCAAGACCUGCCUCGACGAUGCCGUCAAGAAGGACACCACCUGCUCGACCACCGACUACGCCUGCAUCUGCCCUCACAUGACCCAGCUCCAGGGCGACGCCACCGGCUGUGUCAUCGCCGCCUGCGGUGCCGACGUUGCCGUCAGCAAGGUCCUCCCCGCCGUCCAGGCUCUCUGCAAGGCCCAGGGCUCUGCCCCCGCCUCCAGCUCUGCUCCCGCUUCCAGCUCGGCCCCCGCCAGCUCUGCUCCCGCCAGCUCGGCCCCCGCCAGCUCCUCCGCCCCGGCUUCGUCCGCCCCGGCCACCACCACCGCCGCUCCCAAGACCACCUCCUGGACCAGCGUCCCCUGCGACAGCACCACCGUGGCCUCGCAGACUCACCCCGGCAACGGCACCGCUCCCACCUCCACCACCGUCCCCGUCGCCGGUGCUGCCGGCCUCUCCGUCGGUGUUGCCGCCAUCGCCCUCGCCGCUCUUGCUCUGUAA